AUGCCAAAAGCAGUUGCCUCGUCAGCCCGAUCGUCUCAGCGUUCGGAGCCAUACUCGUUACGAUCUCGGAAGACGCGUUGGUUCAUUAACGGUGAAUUUGUUGAAGCUACGGAACCUGAGGAUUCUAGCUGGGAAGACGAAUCCGACGAAGACCACAUGAUGGAGGACACUGAAGUUGCGAGCGUCAAGUCUGGGACCCAACCUACCGAACUGGACCAGGAAGCUUCAGACGAUGAAGAUAACCUCAUCGACAAUUCGGGAGUGGAGGAACCAAGCCGGGAGGACGAAUCCGGCGGCGAGCAAAACCUCCAGAAUACCACGACUGCUGAUGCCGAGCUGCAGAAGCAACUCGACAACUUCCUCGCCGAUGAUCCCGACGAUGAAGAUAUGUACGUCGAUGCGAAGCUAGAGGGCUUCUUUAGUCUGCCAGGCGAACUUCGCAAUAUGAUACACGACCUCGUAGCUGAAGAUGAAGCCGAGGAAACCGUUACGGUAGGCCCUCUGAAGAACACCGUUCGGGUUGGCAUGCAGCGAGAGCAGUACGACGACGCUCACCACGCCGGCUAUUACCAAGGACCCCCUCACAUCCCCGCCUUGAUACAGACGUCACGCCGACUACGAGCUGAGUAUUCCCCCGUUUGGGCGAAGAAUACCGAGUUCAUGCUCGGCCUCGCGUUUGAAGAAAGCCUUGAGAUCGUUCGCGCGUGGGAAGGCGAUCAAUCUGACCUGGAGGAGCAUACAAUGGCAGUUCGUACGGGCUGGGCUGAGUAUGAGUUUGACCUAGACCCGAAGACGCCAGUUGCGGACGGCAACCUGGUCCAGGUGGUAGGAGAGAAAAUCUUCUACCACGAAGAGAAGUCAGACCUUGUGGAUGGCCACGUCACUGCGUUCCAGCAGAUAGCCAAGGGUUUGCGCACCAUGAAGGCGCAAGACUUGGAGGACAUGAUCCAGAAGCUCUUGGAGCUGCAUGGAAAUUAUGUCAUUCCGAAGAACAAGACCAUUCUCCGUCGCCAUUUCGGACCGUGGUAG